CAUGAAAUGGUUAGGAAAAAUGCCAUGUGUGCUGAAAAGUGUUGCUUGUGAGUGAUGGUUUUACCACUUUUGGUUGGAGAGGAGAGCCAGUAAUUUCCCCAACUUUUUUAUAUCUUUCUCUUUUGUUGAUUGCAGCUCAUUUUCUCUAUUGAUGCCGGCUAGUACUGCUCAUGUUGAAGAAUAUCCUAAUUCUUUCCCAGACAAUAGCGAACCAUCUUGUUCAAAUGCCAAAUCCCCCCGACCGAGCUCCGGAAAUUCCCACACUCAGGAUCAGUUACUAGACUUUCUCAAUGCCCAAACCGUUGAUCGGUUAGAAGAACAAGAAAAACCAAAAAUAAUAGAAUCUUCCAGGUCUGCGAAGCUCAAGUUUGAAAUACCGAAGACUCCUUCGCGUCAGUCUGCUCCGCUUAUCCACGAACGCAGUGUGGAAGAAGCUCCGAAAAGAAGGUGGUCCAGCCCUGGAUUGCGCAAUAAGAGGCAACCCUCUAUUAGUGAAGAUGCCCCCCUUAUUGAAGUUGGUUCCAAAGUCGAACUGAUUGGCAGACCUUUGGAAACGUUGGGGAAAGUGCGGUACAUUGGACCUGUCAAUUUUUCACCUGGAGAAUGGAUUGGAGUCGAACUGAACGAGCGUGUUGGUCCGCACAAUGGAACAGUGGAUGGUACCUUCUAUUUUGAUGCUCCUCCACACAAGGGGAUUUUCGUACGACGUUCACAGCUGGAACCGUAUACACCACCAAAUGAAUGACAAUUGGGACGAAGACCAUGGUGGCGACGAGUUUUUGCAAAUUCUGGUCGUUAAGUGUGGUCUUUGUCGAUUUGGGUAAAAAAUAUUAGCACUAUACCUCUUGUAAUUCACAAGUCCUUCAGUUUCUAAUUCACAAGUCCUUCAGUUUCCAAAAUAUAUUUCAAAUCCGUUCACUAUGUACAUGUUUUAUUUAUUUUCUACUGGAUUGUUCUAAUCAUCAUUACCAGGUGUGGGGCUGGCUUUUUCA